AUGUCGCCCUCCCGCACCUCAUCUCCUGCCAAAGCCCACGAACAGAUCAAGUCCGAGAACAGAAUGGUUCAAAAUUCACGUUUCGGCAAGCGCUUCUGGAUCAUCACCACUUGCGUCUCCCUCCUCAUCAUUGCUAUCGCCCUCGGAGUCGGUCUUGGCGUCGGCCUCUCCAACAAUGGAGGAGGAGGAGAAGGAGGAGGAGGAGGAGGAGGCUCAUCGGAUGACUCGCCGGAACCUCCUCAAGUCACCAACCCGAACGCAACGGAGGGGAGCUUCUGGCGCCCUGAAGCCGGCACCUCCUGGCAAAUCGUACUACAGCCAAACAUCACUGACCUCACACUCAAUGUCUCCGUCUGGGACAUCGAUCUCUACACCACCAACGCGUCCGUGAUCAAGCAGCUGCACGACAACGACUCCAAGGUCAUUUGUUACUUCUCGGCCGGCAGCUACGAGGACUUCCGCCCGGACUCGAGCGACUUUGAGAAGAGCGAUUACGGCAAGCCUCUGGAUGGAUGGCCAGGCGAGUGGUGGCUGAAUGUCAGCUCCCCCAACGUCCGCAAGAUCAUGUCCGCGCGCUUGGACCUCGCCCAGCAGAAAGGCUGCGAUGGCGUCGACCCUGACAACGUCGACGGCUACGAUAACGAUACCGGCUUGGACCUCACCAAGCAGCAGUCCGUGGACUACAUGGAGUUUCUGGCAACCGAGGCCCACGGCCGCAACAUGUCCAUCGGUCUCAAGAACGCCGGCGGCAUCGUCAAUUCUACGCUGCUGAUGAUGCAGUGGCAGGUCAACGAGCAGUGCGUCGAGUACGACGAGUGCGAUCUGUUCCAGCCGUUUAUAGAGAACAACAAGCCCGUGUUCCACAUCGAGUACCCCAAGUCGGCACCACGCAUCUCUGCGUCGGACAACACUACGUUCUGUGACUCGAGCUCCGAUGCGGGUUUCUCCACGCUGCUGAAGAAUAUGAAUCUUGAUGAUUGGUAUCAAGAGUGUUAA